GCACGGCGCCUGCGGCUCGGUCCCGGCUCGGCAGGCAUCGCAACGGCGGCACGGAGCGGGGGCCCCGCGCGGCGGACAGGACGCAGCGCGCGGACCCUCGCGCGGCCCGGCGCCGGACGGCGCGGCCUGCCCGGGGCCGGCCCUGGGCCCGGCGUCGGAGGCGGCGGCUGCCUGGGCUUUAAUGGCUGCUCGGCGGAGCAGCGCCUAGGGUGGAAGGCGGCUGCGGCGGAGGAAGGCGCCCGCGCUAGCCGCCUCCCGGGCCGGCCGCGCCCGCCGCGGCGCGCUCCAUGGGGGCGCGUCCUCCUGGGCGGCCCUGACCGGGGCCGGGGCGCCGCUCGCGCCGCCGCGCGUCCCGGCCAUGAACUGAGCCCGCGGGCCAGCCCCGCGCCUGCUCCGCCCGCGCCUUUCUUCUCGCGCCUCCUCUGCCCGUCGCGGGCAGGCCCGGCUCCCCGGGGGCGGCGUUGCCCGGGCUCGGCGGCCGCGGCUCCGGGGCGGGGGCGGCGGCGGGGGCGCGCGGCUCCGGGCGCGGCGCCUGCACCAUGAACUACCAGCAGCAGCUGGCCAACUCGGCUGCCAUCCGGGCCGAGAUCCAGCGCUUCGAGUCGGUCCACCCCAACAUCUACUCCAUCUACGAGCUGCUGGAGCGCGUGGAGGAGCCGGUGCUGCAGAACCAGAUCCGGGAGCACGUCAUCGCCAUCGAAGACGCCUUUGUGAACAGCCAGGAAUGGACGUUGAGUCGCUCUGUCCCGGAGCUCAAAGUGGGCAUUGUGGGUAACCUGGCCAGCGGCAAGUCGGCGCUGGUGCACCGGUACCUGACCGGCACCUACGUGCAGGAGGAGUCUCCCGAAGGUGGCAGGUUCAAGAAAGAGAUUGUGGUGGAUGGACAGAGCUAUCUGCUGCUGAUUAGAGAUGAAGGGGGCCCCCCGGAGGCGCAGUUCGCCAUGUGGGUGGAUGCCGUGGUGUUCGUCUUCAGCUUGGAGGACGAGAUAAGCUUCCAGACCGUCUACCACUACUACAGCCGGAUGGCCAGCUACCGGAACACGAGCGAGGUCCCGCUCGUGCUGGUGGGGACGCAGGAUGCCAUCAGUUCCACCAACCCGAGGGUCAUCGACGACGCCCGGGCGCGGAAGCUGUCCAACGACCUGAAGCGUUGCACCUACUACGAGACCUGCGCCACCUACGGGCUGAACGUGGAGAGGGUCUUCCAGGACGUUGCCCAGAAGAUUGUUGCCACAAGGAAGAAGCAGCAGCUGUCCAUAGGACCCUGCAAGUCGUUACCCAAUUCUCCAAGCCAUUCCUCUGUCUGUUCCGCACAGGUGUCCGCCGUGCACAUAAGCCAGACAAGCAACGGAGGUGGGAGUCUAAGCGACUAUUCCUCCUCCGUGCCGUCGACUCCGAGCACCAGCCAGAAGGAGCUGCGGAUCGACGUCCCUCCCACUGCCAACACGCCCACGCCCGUCCGCAAGCAGUCCAAGCGCCGGUCCAACCUCUUCACCUCUCGGAAAGGGAGCGACCCGGACAAAGAAAAGAAAGGCCUGGAGAGCCGCGCGGACAGCAUCGGGAGCGGCCGAGCCAUCCCAAUUAAACAGGGCAUGCUGUUGAAGCGGAGUGGCAAAUCAUUGAAUAAAGAGUGGAAAAAGAAAUACGUCACCCUGUGUGACAAUGGCGUGCUGACCUACCAUCCGAGUUUGCAUGAUUACAUGCAGAAUGUUCAUGGUAAAGAGAUUGAUCUGCUGAGAACCACUGUGAAAGUCCCAGGGAAGAGGCCACCCCGAGCCACCUCAGCCUGCGCGCCCAUCUCCAGCCCCAAAACCAAUGGCCUGUCCAAGGACAUGAGCAGUUUACACAUCUCACCCAAUUCAGACACGGGGCUGGGCGACUCCGUCUGCUCCAGCCCGAGCAUCUCCAGCACCACCAGCCCCAAGCUCGACCCGCCUCCCUCCCCUCACGCCAACAGAAAGAAGCACCGAAGGAAGAAAAGUACCAGCAACUUCAAGGCCGACGGUCUCUCCGGCACCGCUGAAGAACAAGAAGAAAACUUUGAGUUUAUCAUCGUGUCCCUCACCGGCCAGACGUGGCACUUCGAAGCCACCACCUAUGAAGAGCGGGACGCGUGGGUCCAGGCCAUCGAGAGCCAGAUCCUAGCCAGCCUGCAGUCCUGCGAGAGCAGCAAGAACAAGUCCCGACUGACCAGCCAGAGUGAGGCCAUGGCCCUGCAGUCGAUCCGGAACAUCCGCGGGAACUCCCACUGCGUGGACUGCGAGAGCCAGAAUCCCAACUGGGCCAGUCUGAACUUGGGAGCCCUCAUGUGCAUCGAGUGCUCGGGGAUCCACCGGAAUCUCGGCACCCACCUCUCCCGAGUGCGGUCUCUGGACCUGGACGACUGGCCGAUCGAGCUCAUCAAGGUGAUGUCGUCCAUCGGCAACGAGCUGGCCAACAGCGUCUGGGAAGAGGGCAGCCAAGGGCGCACGAAACCCUCGUUGGACUCCACAAGGGAAGAGAAGGAGCGGUGGAUCCGGGCCAAGUACGAGCAGAAGCUCUUCCUGGCCCCGCUGCCGUGCACGGAGCUGUCCCUGGGCCAGCACCUGCUGCGGGCCACCGCCGAUGAGGACCUGCGGACGGUCAUCCUGCUGCUGGCGCACGGCUCCCGGGACGAGGUGAACGAGACCUGCGGGGAGGGCGACGGCCGCACGGCGCUGCACCUGGCCUGCCGCAAGGGGAACGUGGUCCUGGCGCAGCUGCUGAUCUGGUACGGGGUGGACGUCAUGGCCCGCGACGCCCACGGCAACACGGCGCUGGCCUACGCCCGGCAGGCCUCCAGCCAGGAGUGCAUCGACGUCCUGCUGCAGUACGGCUGCCCCGACGAGCGCUUCGUGCUCAUGGCCACGCCCAACCUGUCCAGGAAGAACAAUAACCGGAACAACAGCAGCGGGAGGGUGCCCACCGUCAUCUGAGGAGCGGCCGUGCCCACCCACCGCCCCGCCACGCCCGGGACGCGGCAGCCCCGCCGCCGCGCACGCGGAGUCGCAGCACGUGAGUCCCGCCGCGUCCCCUCGCCGUUCCUGGUGGUCACCUCCCGCCCGCCCGCCCGCCCACUCUCACCCAGAACGAAAUCACAAAGCCUGGACGUCCUCAGAGGGCGAAGAGGAGGCCGGGAGGCUGCAGAAUCGAUCCCUUUUCACACACUCCCCCCACAAACAGCAAACAGGAGAGAGCGACGGGGCCUUGGUUCUUUGAUGAUAGCACACGGUGCGGGGCCCUUGUCCUGGUGGCACCAGGGACGGGGGCUCGAGGGGGAGGGGAGGCGAGGAACAAGGAGAAGGGGCAACUUUCCUUAACUGGCAGUUAAGCACAUCAGUACAUUUCACCUCUACCAAACAGAACACUUGGAUUUCAUCUCUUCUCCGAGGAGCUUGACGGCAUAAAUCAGAGGCAAGCACAGAGUUUGUCAGGUCUGAAGCCCCUAUGAUGGUAUGUGUCAAAUCAGUUGUAGCUAAUCUGUCCAGGGAGAAUACUGGCUUCAUUACACUUGUAUAGUUGAGUUCUUCCAGCAUUACCGCUGUUUAAUAGAACAUGAUUAGUCAUCACCGAGAAGAAAGCAUAUUAGCCGAGGAGGUAGUUACGCGGCACGCUCCGGUGAUUGCCACGAUGUGAUUGCAAUACUCUUAGAAGCAUCAUAUUAUCCCAGACAUGUUCUUUCAAGCCCUUGGAGCCCUCCUUUCUAAAUUCACUGUCAUAAUUUAGUAUCUGUUUAAUUUUUCAGUCCAAAGAGAGGAAAUCAGUUGCUGAGUAUUAUUUGACUGCAGUCUCCUUGGUGCAAAAACAAAAUGGAAAAAAUAAAUAAGAAUAACUCAGAAAUUCAAAAGGAAAUCGCAAAUUCGGCUAAUGACAGCAUUUUGAGUGCAUUUGGUAAACCGAGUAAACACGUAGAAGGCUAUUUUUUCCGAACGUAAGAGAUAUUUUAUGUCCUUUUGCCAAGGUGGAUGUGUUGGGUCUCAGCCACUCCCGGGCCACGUUGGCCAAGUCACACAGGCUUCUGUAUUGUGUCUUUAGAUAAGAUGUGUGAAAAUCUAUUUGAAUAAAAGAAGUUCAUAAAUAUGCAUUGAUUUUUGUACAGACAAAUGGCACCUCUGUUAAUUUAUAAAUUGAACUGGAUGUGAACUAAUAAUGUGCAACUAGUUGAGAUAAGAGGGUUACAGAUCGUUGUACAUGGAAAAUAUUCCCAGCAGUAAACACUUCCAUUAACGUGAUAUACAGCUUUUAAAAAGGAACAUAUCAGAAUAAGAUGGUGGUACGAUUUGCUUAUUAAAAUUGAGAAGGGGGGGAGAAAAAGACCCUGGCGCAUAUUAGAAUGGGGGGGUGGGGAAGAGGCAUGUGAUUUCUCGUGAUUGAAAGCAUGAUUUAAUUCCGACACUACUUUUGCUAACCAAGACCGAGGGGCUCUGGCAAGACGGAGUGAUUUUCCGAAUGCGGGACCCUUUUCAGAGGCAGCUGCGGGUUGUUCUGAGGCACCUGCUGGCUGCUGAGAUCCCACACCAGCUGGACUUAGCAGCCAGGCCCCGCGGGCCAGCACCUCACCUGAUGUGCCGUUGUCAUGGUGUCGUCAGCCACCUUCACUGUGGCGGUCAGACGCAAUAAACCAGAUGCUGGCAUCCCUGAGGUUCGAAAGCAACGGAGGGGGCGGCUUUGCCUCUGGCAGGGUGAUGGGGAGGAAGGGUUGUCGCGAUGGAAGACCGAGGACACCGGCCUGCCGUAGCACAGAAAGACAAAGGCACAUUACGCGGCAGCCGCCGGCGAGUUCUUUGCUCUCGUAUAGUAAACCUUAUAUUUUGUAAGAGUUUUUCCUCUUCUUUCACUUUUUAAAAAAAAAAAAAAAAAUCAAAGUAGGUGGGGAAAGAAAUAAAGCUUUGCACAGACUUUAUAUGUGGGUAAGUGUUUCAUGGAAAUUUCUAGUCUUAAGUAAGCUCAGUGGAAGUCACCAGAACCCAAAAACACAAGUUGCAGAAGCCACAAGUCUGAGAACCGUGACGACAGUCCCAUAGCCCAUCCAUCCGAGUUUUAAUUCUGCGUUUCAUCACUGUGUAGUUAUUUUAAAUGUGAAUAGAGAAAAAUAAAAGUCAUUGCCUAUUUUUGAAGAACGCAUUAGUGCUCUCAUCCAGCCAUGCACAUUCAGCCCCUCACAGCCUUGACCGUAGACUUUCUGUAGUGAACACAGAUAGAGUAUAAAUGAAAUUCUUAAAUUAUUUCAUUGUAGUUAAUUCCCACUAUAGGAAUGCUUUAUCAUAGUGAAGCCUUCUUUUGAAAAGAAACGGAAUUCCUUGUAAGGCUUCUCUUUGGGAUGUAUAUGAGUGUGUACAUAUUAUUCUAUGUGUUUAUAAUAUAAUAUUUUCCCAGAUGACUUCUUGUUUCCAUUCGCCUUCCACAACCUGAAUGCUAGAUUGGUUCCCCCCUUCCCUGCCUCCAGCAUGGGGAUGUCCUUGACUCCUCCUUAGGAAACAGCCCCUCCCCGACCAUUUCCGGCCACGUUGAUCUGCUCCAAGACAGACCCCACUUUCUUGAUUGAGCCCAAGUUUUGACAGCAGCAGGAAAGGCGGUAGUGGGGUUUCAAGGGUUUUCUUUCCAAAUAAAACUGGUGGCUAAUCUGUUCGUGUUUCCGCGUCAAACCAGGAAUCCUUCCUUUGCUAACAGCGCUGUCAUUCCCAUUUUCAAGCUAACUGACGCCCAGGCGGGGAGAAGCAAGGCCCAAGAGCAGUGUUAGAGAGAACCGGUUUGGGAAGGGGGUUGAGUUGCAUUGUUGAUUGUUCUGUGAAAUGACGAGGACAGGAGAGGUCGCCACUGCAGAAUCCGCAUGCCCUUUUCUGUUCAGAAUGCAGCGAGCUGGGGUAGCCCAGGUGCAGGCUGUUGUACCCCCGGUAGCCACGUGGGUGGUCUGGACACCCCCUCAUCCCCAUGUCCGGCGUCGUGGUUACUGAGGCGCGGGUGUGUGUCGCAGAGCCAGCCGAUUUCGCUAGUGGCCGAGGAGACCCUGCAGGGAAGGGUGCUGGGGUCCUGCCCACGCCCGGGCAGCCCUCCAGUACUGGAGAGGGCAGGGGGGCUCCUGAGCCCAACACCCCAGUCCUGAGCCCCGGUCACUCUUGGCCGCCCCAGAGCAGCUGAAGGUUUGUGAGUGACGAGUUCAUGAGUCAUUGGUCCCGAAACCAGAUGCAAUGUUGUAUCUCCCAAGAUGUACUCGCCAUGUUUGUGCACCCCGGAAAUAGAGGUGAAGGCAGUGGGUGCCCGUUGGUGACGGGGUUAAGAGACACAGAGGGGAGGGUGGUUUUACUGAAUUACGUGCUCUGCAGGGCUGCGGGUCUGCCAGCCAGUUCCGGGCUGUGGCUUUCCAGCACAGCAUCUUGCGCUGAAGCUCCCUCUUCUGAGAUUUUUCCCAGCCUAAUGAGGUCUGUUUGGAUCCAGCCUCGGCCCUCCAGUGUAGGCACCAGCCUUGCUAGUUUUGUGACACCCUCGCACAGUUGGGGUCGUUUCCUGGGUCUGCGUAGGAGCCGUUGCUGACUUCACGAGGGAGAAACACGACCCAGCGGGAAAGACAGCCCUGGGCGCUGGCAGCCCUGAGCUCCCCUGGCUCUGCCGUCCCCCAGAGGGUGCCGGCGCAGCCCCGGGCGGGCGUCCGGCUCCCUGGACUCUUGCUUUCCUCAUCUGUGAAGCUUGCAGGGUGCGGCGAGGUUUGGGACCAGUGUGAUGAACGCCAGCCUAACGCCUGGCCAGGGACAGAGGCUCAGGAAAUGGGAGCGUUUAACAAGAACAGAGACCCGGGUAGGACCGAAGCCAGAGCACACGCCUGCAAACCUGUCCCCUAGCCGACACCACGUACUGGAGCCAGCGUCCUGGGGAGGCAGUGAUGGGCACAUUUGCCAGCCGCCCCCCCCCCUUUGUAGCCCGUAGCCUCCUCUCUCUGCUGAGCCGCUGCUGCCCUUCCCCAGCCCCUGCGUGCCGGGCGCAGGGUCAGAGGAGGGACGAGCCUCCCUGGGGCCCCUGAUCCCAAGAGCCCCUCUCAAACCUGCUCGCUCACCGUGUCGUCAGCCCUUGCUUCACACGCGUGUCCUCCUUUCAUUUAGCCUGAGUGUGGUUUUCCAAAGGCAAGAAGGGCUUGGACUCUGCCCUCGUGCCAGUGGUGUUAGCUAAGGCCCAGGCUGACCCUGUCUCUGUCCUACAUGGUGCUGGCUUGGCCAAGCCCCACCACCACCCCCAUCAUCGAGGGCCGCUGCGACGCGUGCAUGUACGGGGCCUCACCUCCCUGUGCUUUCUCUCCUCCUUUUAGCCAUCAGACCUUGCUGGGGAGCACCCUGGGUGGCCAAAUGUGGCUUUAGGCUCUCUGGCCUCUCUCCCCGGCUCCCUGAGCUCGUGCGACUGGACACCGAGUGUCCCUCGCUGUCUUCCUUGUUGGGCUCCGGCCCUGCCAUCCAGCGCAUCUCACGCCUGAACGUGGGGAACUUGUCUUCCCCCAGCCUGAGCUGUGCCCAUAGGUAGGUGCCAGGGUUCCCUGUGGCACCCGGUCUGCCAACCCUGCAUUUGGGACAUUCUAGAAAGGAAAGGAAAGGGGAGAACCUGCAGCAACCAGGCAACAGGGAGGAUGAUCAGGUCUAACAACUACUCGGGAGGCACAGAUACUUGGAAAGGACUCGCACACCUCCUGCAGGGCUGCUCCCCUCCCCCGCCCAAGGCUCCUUUUCUCUCCCGCCCCCCACCCCUCCCACAAGGUCGCUGAGACUGUUCUAGAACUCCCCGGGGUUGUAUUUAUGGCCUUCAAGCAAACAAAUUGAAAAGCAGUCAGGAAGGAAUUCAGACAGAAAAGUGCUGGAGACUCACAUCUUUCCUUCAAAGGAAAAUAAUAAUUUAUUUCCAGCUGCCUCUUCCGACUUGGGUUUCACGUGUUGUGAAGUCUCGUCUCGAGUGAUUUUCACCCUCAUCCUUCACCAGAAUGCUACACAAGGGCGUUUGGCAUCCAGACUUGCAUCUCUCACUUUCUGUGUCCCUUUUUGGAUUCCUAAGUGGCUUUCUCCAGGAAGCCCCGGGAGCAUGCGUCUCUAACCUGUCCCCCGCCCCAGCCAGGCCCCGCCCAGGCCCAGUCCACCCCUGCCUGGCUCUGUACCCCAGACGACAACGGCCUUUGUCCUGCAAGCAUCUGAGUCAGGUUGCCUGCCAGCCAAAAUGUCAGAUUUCUUCCAGUUCUGCAGAAGAGAGAAGGGGAGCAAGUGUAUCCACCUGGAGUAGACGGGUCACUAAGAAACAGACUUGUUUCCAUCACCUCCAGGAAGUCAUCGCUGGCCCCCGAGAUGCUGUGACAUCUUUGAUUGGAAGAAUAGUGAGCACCCGGGUCAGACUCCUUAUCUCUCAUUUCUGGAGGGGAAAAAAAUUAACAUUUAGCAACUUAGACAUUGGUAUUUCCAAACAAAAAUAUUUUUUUCCCCUUAGAGAAGAAAUACUGUCCUUACAUAGAUUUUUUUUUUUUUUAAUGUGAAUGGAUCCCUUGUUUAACUCAUAUGUCUGCUGCUUUUUAAGCAUGGGUUUGCAUCCUAUGUCAGAGUUGAAAUUAGAGGACAUUCCAUCAGUAGAUGAUUCUGGGAAGGGAUUCUGUAAAACCAACAAGUGUUUUUUCUGUGAUUUUUUUUUUUUUUGAAAGGCCAGGUUUUAGAAGUAUUUAAGUUUCACCAGUGUAAUAAAUACCUGCCCCAAAGCAGCGGUACAGCACAUACACACUUGAAAACCUGUCCUUAUCGCCUGGUACCACAAGGUGCUGAUUUUGCUACAAAAUGACAGUGCUUGGUUUGGGGGCCGCACCUGUUUGGUGGGACUCUUCUUGGGCGAGGCCCUCACUCCCUACAGGCCGGCCUCUGGGCCUGGAGGUAGGCGGGUCCAUUUAGCAAAGACCUGCAGCAGUUCCGAAGGCUCCAGGGCUCAGGCCAGAGGCUGCCCAGGAGAUUGGAACGGACAGCUCUGGCGUCCAGUGCUGGGCACCCACCGGACGGGGCCAAGGCACGAUGCCUUGGUGAGUGUGAGAGAGGUCAGCUCAGGCUCCUUUUUUAUUUUGGCCUGGCGCAGGCACCCCUGUGGGUCAGUACAGACCUGCCCGGCUAGGAGCCAUCCAGCAUUCAGCGUGGGGAAGUGCGGGGCCUCUGUCCUGCCACGCAGGUGUAAAAAAAGAACCAAACAAGGUAUGAAGGCAUUGGGGAAUCUUCUAGAUGAACAAACCCCUUCAUGCAGCAGCUGCUGGGAUCAGCUUACCCUAAAGCAGACUAGGCCCCCUGCUCCCUGGUGCUGGCCGGUGUCCACACUGGCCCAGAAAGCUAACGUCAGCGCAGGUUCAAGAACUGUUGUCAAAAGCAGACCCGGGGUGCCGACUCAGGCAGUGGCUGGUCCUGAGCACGGAAGGCUUGAGUAAGGACAUUGCAGGUAGACUCUUGAGAGGCCUCGGGCAGGGACGCCAGCAGGGCAGCCCAGCCAAGGCCCUGCACUCAGCUCUCCUGGGAUGGCGAAGACGUCAUCUUGCCUGGGUUUUUCAGGGCCGGCGACAAAGAAGGGCCCGAGGGUGUGGUGAGCCGAGGCCAAUCUGGGGGUUGGCUCCCAUAUGCUGCUCAUGCAAGCGUAUAGGGCACCCCCUCCCACCAGGGGUCCCCAGUUUUCCCACCACACUGGUCUGAAGGUAACACAGGUGACAGGAGUGGGGUCAGGGCUGUUGGGAGGUGGGCAGGCGAAAGGAGCGUUGAGAAGCUGCCUCAUGGCAUUAAGGGGGACAAAGACCAGCACCGUCACGUCAGAAGUAAUUCCUUCUCACACGCUUGAACAGCAUCACAGUUUUUCCCUUUCAACCAAAUUUAGGCGGCUGAAUUACAUCCAGUUCUUGAGGUUGCAGGUCCCUCCCAGCCUGAGGUCCUGGGGAGGGGAGGGUCGGUCGCAUGGGGUCUCCAGGGGCAGCUCUCCCUCCCACCAGCUCUGAGCUGGGGCCUCCUCGUGCCGUGGGGUGUGUUUCCAAAAAGGGGGCCGGACAGGUCAAAGGUGACGGCUGAGACGCAGUUCCAGGUGGGGCAGGAAGGCCGGGAAGGCGGUUUCUGUUUCUGUAAAUAGCGAUGUAUAGAAGACAGAGGAUCGGCGGGGGCUUAUGCAGAGACGGUUUCUGGCUUUUUGUUUGUUUGGGGUUUUUUUUGUUUUUUUCUAUUACCUCAUUCAGCAACUCUGUGUUUCACAAUGACUCAAUGACGCUUUAUUUAUAUUGUUUGUACUGUAAUUAAAACCAUUGACAGACAUUUCACUUUGCUUGUUAUUUCAUAUGAUCUUGUUUUGGAUCCAGUAUGCCAGUUUGUAUUUCCUGCCUGGGGAUGAUUUUUUUGUGUCAGCUGUACAGUAUUCUAAGGGAAAAAGAAAAAUGUGUAAAGUAACAGAGAGAGGUGGCGAGAGUGUAGAGACCUCUUUCUAAUAAAGAAAUGAAAAUAUGUGUA